ACAUCUAUUUAUAAAUAUGAAAUAGAUGUUCCUUAUCGAACGGGACCAACGCUGUGUAGUGUUAUGCGGGAGUGAUCUCCCCUUAUAAAUAAGGCUUACUGCGCAUGCGUUUUUGAAUUGGAACUUCCUUUCUGAAAAACACAUUGGGGAACAAGACAGAAUUAUUUGCUCGAAGCUGAAUUUGCAUUUAUAUGUGUUAAACAAGAGUCAGGAAUGAGAAAUCCAAGGGGAAAAAAGGCUGGGAAGAGGCCGUCUACAAGACCCUACGCCAGGGCCAGGAGUAGUACACAGGAAUCGAGUGGUAGACAGACAACACAGGAAGUGGUUCCAGGCCGACAGGAAGUUGAAACUCUGGGUGACGUGCAGACUGCAGGGCCAUCCAUGGCAGCUGAUGAACAGAGCACUGAAGGUAUACCCACCUGUAACCCUAUCCUAAGCAUUCACAGUGCAUUAGGGGAGAAUGUUUCGGUAAAGAACAAAAAUAAAAUCAUCAACGGGGAAUUUGUUGAUCUAGGGAUUCUGUUAGAGAACUCUUGGGUUGCUCGGCAAGAUUCAGCCACUAAAUCCUUGUAUUUAGAUGGGCAAGGUCAAUUAGUUGCCAAAGAAAAAAUUUCAAAAAAAGUUAGCAACAUCAGUGAAUGGACAGAUGCUAUCUUGAUGUUGGUAAGCAUUUUUUCGGCUGCACACCCUGAAAGAUUUCAGGAAUUAUUGAAAUAUGUACAGACAAUACGGUUGGGGGCAAGUAGAUGUACUGGUUUGGGUUGGAGGUCUUAUGAUGAGCAAUUUAGACUAAGACGUAGCCAGGACCCCAGCAGCUCCUGGGCAAUGGUUGACAGUGAACUCUGGCUAAUUUAUAUGUCGGCCAGCUCAGCAGCUACCCGGGACAACAAACCAUAUAGUAUUGUUCAAAAAUGUUUUGAUUAUAACUUUCAAGGUCUAUGCACACGCAACCCGUGUAAUUACGCCCAUGUGUGUACCAGGUGCGGAGGGAGUCAUCCUAAAAUGAAUUGUAGGACACAAGGGACAAUGGGAAUGAACAACAAUUUUCGUCCCUCAAAUCCCUGGGGUCAAGCAGGAGCCCGCCAAAGGUUCAACACCCCAACCCAGCAUUCAAACACAGGACGGCCGAGACAUAUGGGCCCUAGGUCAUACUCCAAUUAAAAUUGAACCCCUGAAAAAAUACCUGGAGGUGUAUACAGAGAAACUAGUUGCUAAGGAAUUGGUAGAGGGCUUUUCUAAGGGUUUUCGACUACAUUAUACAGGUCCUAGAACAGCUGUCAUUUCAAAGAAUUUGGUCUCUGCUAACCAACACCCUGAAGCAGUUGAAAAGAAAAUAACAUCAGAGAUUGAGAUGGGUAGAAUUAUGGGCCCAUUUUCAAAACCCCCUAUUGCAAAUUUUCACAUCUCUCCCAUAGGAGUGGUUUCCAAAUCAGAUGGGGGUUGGCGAAUGAUCACUCACUUGUCAUUUCCCCCCUCAGAAAGUAUUAAUGAUUUUAUUAACCCUGAAUUAUGCUCGGUUAAUUAUACGUCAUUUGACACUGUAGUCGAAAUGAUUAGUAAGCUUGGGCAGGGUGCCUUGUUAGGAAAAGCCGACAUAAAAUCAGCCUUUCGUUUAAUACCAAUUUACCCGGGAGACUUUGACUUGUUAGGCUUUCAAUUUCUCGAUAAAUACUAUAUAGAUAAAUGUCUGCCAAUGGGCUGUUCCAUUUCUUGCAAUAUUUUUGAAAAAUUCUCAACUUUUAUUGAAUGGCUAGUUCGUGAUAAAACGGGGGUGAAUACCGUCUCUCAUUACCUUGACGACUUCAUAUUUGCGGGAAAAAGGGGUUCUCAAGAUUGUCAAAUUCUGAUGUCAACAUUUGACAACAGUUGUAGGGAAUUGGGGGUUCCUAUCGCAGAAGAAAAGACAGUAGGGCCCACAACAGUCAUCAUUUUCCUAGGUUUAGAGAUAGAUACUGUAGAAAUGCUGAUUAGAAUCCCUUUACAAAAAACAAUAGAGCUCACGGAUAUGCUGUUAAGGUUCGUGGGCCAAAAGAAGGUCACCUUAAAGGAACUAGAGUCUCUGGUGGGAGUGCUCAAUUUUUUCUGUAGGGCUUUGAGAUCAGGGAGACCAUUUUUGAGGAGAUUAUAUGAUGCAACAAGUAAAGUCAGCAAACCAUAUCACUUCAUAAGGGUCAGUGGAGAAAUGAGGGAGGAUCUCCUAGUUUGGCUGCAUUUCAUUCAGAACUUCAAUGGGACAUUAUUUUUCCCCGAUUCUGCCUGGUCAGAUAGUGAUGUAUUACAGUUAUUUACAGACAGUGCAGGAAAUGCCGAGUUGGGAUGUGGGGCUUACUUUCACGGAGAGUGGGCAUACUUUCAGUGGCCAAGGGAUUGGGCUAGUACCGAAAAAAUGCGAGACAUAACAUUUUUGGAGUUUAUACCAAUUGUUUUGGCAUUGAGCAUAUGGGGACAUAAACUAGUUAAUAGGAAAAUCAUUUUUCACAUAGAUAACAGUGCAUUGGUCAGUGUUUUGAAUGCUCAGUCUUCAAAAGACAAAAUUGUGAUGGAACUUAUGCGCCCAUUUGUGAUAGAACUUCUCCAGCACAACAUCCUAUUUAAAGCAAGGCAUGUACCUGGGGUAGAAAAUGUUAUUGCAGAUUCUAUUUCUCGUAUGCAGUGGAACCGGUUCCGGUCAGUGGCCCCCCAAGCACAAGUUCACCCAGCGCGCAUUCCAGGGAAAUUCCGGUCGUUGAUAUCAAGACUGAAGUAGACCGAUUAUUAAGGGCUUCUGUAUCUAAGAAUACUCACCAGUCUUACAAUACAGGGUUAUCAGCAUUUGAAAAAUUCAGGCUUUCAAAUGGAUUAUCAAGGGUUUGGCCUCCAACAGUUGAUCACAUAGUGGGCUUUAUAGCCUCUUUGUCACUCAGGGGGCUAGCAGAUACAACUGCUCGUUUAUAUGUUUCCAGCAUUGGUUAUCAAUGCAAGUUAUUGGGAGAAAGUGAUAUAACACAAAAUUUUCUAGUUGGGAAAGUCCUUGAAGGGAUGAAAAGAUUAAAACAUAGGACUGAUACUAGGCUCCCUAUCACAGGAACCAUUUUAACCCAGAUCAUUCAGACCCUCCCAUCAGUAUGUUUAAAUAAGUACGAGAGUAUACUUUUUCAAGCAGCAUACACUAUGGCCUUCUUUGGGUUUUUUAGAGUGGGGGAAUUGUGUUUGACAAAGGGAGGUAAUCAUGAACAUGUGGUAGGUAUUGGGGAUGUAUCCUCUGUACAAGGGCAAUAUAUUCAAGUUACACUGAGAUUCUCUAAAUCUGACCAAGCUGGCAAGGGAUCAAUAAUUCAACUGAAGGCCACAGGUAAGGGAUUAUGCCCUGUAAAAGCUGUGGAGGCCUUUUUGAGAGCAAGACCAAGGGUGGGCGGCCCACUUCUGUGUCACUUUGGGGGGGACCCGGUAACUAGAUACCAAUUUUCGGCAGUUCUCCAAAAAAUCAUUGAGGUGUGUUGGUUUAGAUAAAGCUGGAUUUAAAACUCAUUCAUUCCGAAUAGGUGCUGCAUCUGAAGCCUUCAAAGCAGGUCACUCAGCUGAAGCUAUAAAGGAGGCAGGGCGAUGGAAAUCUAAUGUGUAUAGUCAUUAUAUUCGUACCCCAAUAAUUACAUUUCCGGAUAUCUGUAAUUAAAUAUGUCACCAAGGAUACUAGGUUUUCUAACACAGUAUUGAAGGCAUUUCAGGACUGGAAGUGUGGUUUCUAGGGUCAUCUCUCAUAAAGCGAGCAGCAAUGGCAGCCAUGAUGAGGCCAGGGGGUUUAAACCUUGGCCUGGAGAGAAUAGGAAUCAGCAUUUUUUGGCAAGGAUAUAGUGGCCUUGGUAUUGAACAGAUAAAAAGAAAAGUUAUGCAUCUGAGAUCGAUGGCCGGAAAUCCUCGGAUUUUACUGAUUCAUUGCGGAGGGAAUGACUUGGGGAGGAUUCCUAUAGCUAAGCUUCGUAUGAGCUUUAAAAAGACGGUCAGGUUUCUGUUUUCAUUUUUUCCAGGCGCUAAAAUCAUUUUCUCCCAAAUUCUUCCCCGUCUUGCAUAUAGAUAUUCAGAAAAUUUCCAGGCUAUGGAGGCUUGUAGGCUAAGAUUAAACAGUGCCGUUGCAAAAGAAGUACUAAAUCUUGGGGGGUGUUACUUGAAAUAUCCAGAUAUAAAAGCAUCUGAGGCUUUCUUCUGUCCAGAUAAGGUACAUUUGUCGGAAUUGGGGAACAACAUAUUCCUAAACAACCUGCAAGGGGGUAUAGAGUACUUUUCCCGGGGGGAGGGGGGUCCUGUAUUUCCCUAAAAGUUAGCUAGGUAGGUCUAGGAUAUAGAUACUAGGGUCACGGCUCGUGGUAGUUGUGCGGCUCCCUCCCCACUAUGGUGUGGCGGUGGUCAAGAUAUGGCUAAUUAUUAGUACCUUAGCAUAUCUUGUCCAAUUGGCGUUAGCGCAUCGCACUACUACUACAAUAGGUUUAGGUUAUUUGUCCGCUGUUCCCAGGGACAAAUAUUUUGAUAGAAAUUAAUGAACUUUGACCGUUGACACUCUCUCAGAGUACCCAGGGUCAGAUUAUCUUGUACCCUCUUGUGAACUUCAACUUGUGAACUUGAACCUUUGAACUUGUGAACUUGAACCUUUGAACUUGUGAACUUGAACCAGUGAACUUGAACUUGUGACCUUGAACUUGUGAACUUGAACUUGUGAACUUGAACCUUUGAACUUGAACCUUUGAACUUGUGAACUUGAACCUGUGUCCUUGAACUGCUUGAGGGCUGACCAUAUACUUGUCGGCAGCCCGACUUUAUAAGUAAACAGCCGUGACCAAUUACGCCAAAGAAUAAUAAUUAAUAAAAUAAUUUGGACUUUA